CGUUCGCAGCCGGUUCCUCUUUACAUAACGGCGCGGGGCGGCAUGGGCUCGGGCCACCGCCUGCGGCCGGCUGCCCGCCCGGACUGUCGCGGCCCGCAGUGGCCACGGUGGCGGCAGCAGCAACAAAGUUUCCCCGGUGGCGGCUCAGGGGCGCAUCCUCCCGCGACUGUCAAGCGCUGGCGGCGGAAAUGAUGAGGCGCUGGCCAUUUUCCGAGCCCGGGUUUCCUGCCUGAGCCUUGCUCCUCAGAGCCGCGGGUGAGGAGCCGGCGCGCGGCAGAGGACGCGCCGGGGGCGGGGACCCGCCCGCCCCCCUCGGGACUUCGGGGGGCCGGGGGCGCGCGCCGCCAUGGGCCGGCCAGGCCCCGACCCCCUGCCUCUCAGCCUGGCCGCCCAGCCUCGGUCUCCGCCAUGAAUGGGCCCACCCUGCAGCCUCCCGCGCCGCAGCCUGCUGCCCCGCAGUCCCCCGCGCCCCCGCGUGCCUGGAGCGAGUUCUGCGAGCUGCACGCCGUGGCUGCGGCCCGCGAGCUGGCACGGCAGUACUGGGCCUUCGCGCGUCAGCACCCGCAGCACGCUCCGCCGCGCGCCGAGCUCGUGUCGCUGCGCUUCGCAGACCUCUUCCAGCACUACUUCUGCCUUGAGCUGCGCGACGCCCGAGCUGGCGGACCCCCGGGCCGUGACUACCGCGAGGCGGCUCGUGGGCCAGCUGCCAAGGCCGAGGUGCCCGAGCCGGGUCCUGUCCCCGCCGCUGCGCUGCCCAAGGCCCGCAGCUCCGAGGACCUGGCCCUGCCACGCAUGCCAGGUGCCUGCGCCCUCCAGCAGCUGCGCCGCGGCCUGCGCCACCUCUUCCGCCGCCGCUCGGCCGGGGAGCUGCCCGCUGCCUGCGGCCCCGGGGACCCAGGUGAGGCCCCUGCUCGGUCUGGCCCCGCCCGGAAGCUGCUGCCCUGGAGCCUGGCCCGGGAGCCGCCGCCUGACGCCCUCAAAGAAGAGGCGCUGCGCUACAGCGUGGCUGAUGAGGCGUCCAUGGAUAGCGGCGCACGCUGGCAGAGAGGUAGACUGGUGCUCCGCCGUGUGCCCGGCCCCGCCGGCGGCUCAGACCGCGUGCUGCAGCUCUUCGACCCGCCCAAGAGUUCAAAGCCCAAGCUGCAGGCAGCCUGCUCCAGCAUCCAGGAGGUCCGGCGGUGCACGCGCCUGGAGAUGCCUGACAACCUCUAUACCUUCGUGCUGAAGGUAAAGGAUAGGACAGACAUCAUCUUCGAGGUGGGAGAUGAGCAGCAGCUGAACUCGUGGAUGGCCGAGCUCUGGGAGUACACUGGCCAAGGGCGAGAGAGCAUGGACACUGAGAUGCACCAUCCCUCUGGCCCAGAGCUCAGCACAUCCAGCUCGCCAGGGGGAAGCACAGACUCCCUGAACCACGCAGGUGCUUCUCCUGGGGGAUUGCUAGACCCCACCUGCCAGAAAACAGAUCACUUCCUGUCCUGCUACCCCUGGUUCCACGGCCCCAUCUCCAGGGUGAAGGCAGCCCAGCUGGUGCAGCUGCAGGGCCCUGACGCCCACGGCCUGUUCCUGGUGCGGCAGAGCGAGUCCCGGCGCGGGGAGUACGUGCUCACCUUCAACUUCCAGGGGAGAGCUAAGCACCUGCGCCUGUCGCUGACCGAGCGGGGCCAGUGCCGAGUGCAGCACCUGCACUUCCCCUCAGUUGUGGACAUGCUGCACCACUUCCAGUGCUCGCCCAUCCCGCUCGAGUGCGGGGCUGCCUGCGACGUCCGGCUCUCCAGCUACGUGGUUGUCUCCCAGCCACCAGGUUCCUGCAACACUGUCCCCUUCCCUUUCUCCCUCCCUCGCUGGGACUCAGAGCUGGGCCUUGCCCACCUCAGCUCUUCUGGCUGUCCUCAAGGGGUUGGCCCCGAGGGUCUCACAGGCCGCCCGUCACCCCCAGAGCAGAUCUUCCACCUGGUGCCUUCGCCUGAGGAACUGGCCAGCAGCCUGCGGCACCUGGAGCCUGAGCCCAGCAGUCGAGCCCGGGACUCAGACUAUGAAAUGGACUCAUCCUCCCGGAGUCACCUUCGGGCCAUAGACAACCAGUACACACCCCUCUGACGGUGGGCCCAGCCCCCAGGACGAGCAAAGAUGCAAACUUGUGAAUGUAAUGAUCUUUCCUUCCUUCCAGAGAGAGAUUCAAGGGACACUCAACUGCUCUUUCCAGUUGGACGUGACCCUUCUAUUAGGCCUGUUAAAAGGCCUCCUGUAAGUCUCCCCUGUCCUUGGCUUUCUCCUUGUUGUUUACAGCAGUGGUUCCUGUCUGCAGAUGCCACCAGCUCUUGCCCUGGGUCCCUAAUCCCAGUCCCCAUCACUCUCAGAAGAGGUGGACUGAGAGCCGGAGCUGGCAGUAGAAACUCACUCUCCCUUGCUGACACUGUCACAGCUGAUGACAGACUUCCUGCUGGGGGGAGGGCUGUCAUCAGGAAGCUCAGAACACUAAGCCCUGGACCCUCAGGUGGUUCCCACUGGAGCAUCAGUCCCGUGGCAGGAGGCCACUCCUAAUCCUGCUUCUCUCGGCUGUAGGACAAAAGCUCUCGCACAAGGGCAAGCUGAAGGUCAAAAAUGAUUUUAAACAUUUUACCUCAGAUUAGUUUUUUAAAGGAUUCAGGUUUCAAGACUAAACCAUUGCUUACUUCAUUGCACUGUUUCAACUCGUACCCAUGCCUGUUCUGCAGCCAGGGGUCGCUAUGCAAACCCUGCCUGUCUUGUUCACGGUCCGAGCCACCACCGCGCCUGAUGGCUUUGUCCACCCUUGGGACAGUCACCUGCUGCUGAGCGGCCACUGUCCUCCCUGAACACUGAGAAGUGAAAUGUGUCACCUUUUCAGGGAAAUUCAGGCAAUUACUGAAAUAGGAGGGUGGCAAGAACAGUUCUACCCUGGUGCCUUAAUAAAAAACUGGACCCCAGUUUGCAGCAGCCUUAUGGAGAAUGCACGUCACCGGGGAGCGGAGCAGGAAGGGGCGGGUGGGCAAAAAGAGGAGGCAGCUCCUGGGCUCUUUCUAGGGAGCUCUUGUGUGUCCCCGGCUUAUUAAGUUAUCCUACAAGUGGGCUUUCAGCUCCUUUUUAAGCCAAAUGGAAGCUAGGACUCUGGUGCCACAGCCCAGGAAAAAGCAAGAGCCCAUGGUCUGGCCUCUCUCAGCACGCGUCUCUCCCCACAGGGCCUGAAGCCAAACCUCCAUCUACUUGCCUUUCAAAAUGAUACAAUUCAUGGGGGCUGGCUCCUCCCAGAACUUUCCUGUUGGGGUACAGGGACAGGGGCGGGCAGUGACAGUAGUCAGCUCUUCCUGGGCGCCAACAGCCACCAGCAUCAUCAUGGUGCUUCUAGGGGACCGGGAGCAGAGCAGAGCGAGCUUGCAUUGCUCAGAAGUGAGCGUGAACCCGUAGCCUCAAACCACCAGCACUACCUGCCUUCUCAGGGCAGGGCUUGGUCUCUCCACUUACUGUCUUUAUGCCAAGAGGUCAGGGUUCUGCUUCUACAACUUGCUGAUCUUUAGAGGGCUCUAGGCCAGGUGUGGUGCCACAAACCUGUAAUCCCAGCACUCGGGAGGCUGAGGCAGGAGGAUUUCGUCUGAGCUACAUAGUGAGUUCAAGGCCAGACUGAACUACCUAGCUGAGGAGACCCUGUCUCAAGAAACCAAGAGAAAAAAUAGGGCUUUAGAGCCGCUUUCUGUGCCACUCCAAAGACACUCCAGUGUUCUUAUGAACCAUACAGCACACCCAACACUGGUCCAGGUUUGCGUCCAGGUCUGAGGGCACCUGUCUGUCUUCUACAAGCAGGUUUCUCUAGAAUACAAAUGUUAGUAAGUGUGGCCGGGCAUGGUGGCGCUCACCUGUAACCCCCGCACUUGGGAGUGUAGGCAAGAGGAUCACCAUGAGUUCAAGGUCAGCCUGGGCUACAUAGUGUGACUGUCUCAAAAGAAAGAACCAAGUCAGUCAGCAAUGCUCUGGAUUGUUUUGAAAGACAAAAGUCACCAAGAAGGCAACCCUGAUGAGUGAGCUGUCUGCUCUCUCCUGUCUGCAUAGGAAGUGGUGGAGCGAGUUCCCUUGUUCCAGCCAGUUUAACCCUCUUCCAGCUCCGGCAGUGCCAGAGCUGUGCGGGCCCUGCACACACAGGGGCUCCAACUCAGUUCACUGUGACAGUGAAUGCAAGUCACCUACCCGAUGGCUUCCUAAUAUGUCUCAUUCUGACAAACACCUAAUGGCCCUGGGACUAAGUGACACUAUGCCAAUGCCUCUUCCUUCCCCUGGAGCAGGUGACCGCUGGACGCUCUCACUGUUGCGCCUGGCCCACCUUGGGCGCAGCACAUCCCACGCCCCUCCCACCAGGCCUGAUGUGAGCACCACUGGCAGCUGAGGCCAAGCCAGCAGCUUCCACCAGAGCAAGGGUGAGCGCCAGCCUGGACGGUGAAGCAGCGUCAGGGUCCCUCCUGCUCACAAGUCACAGCUCCCAGCACCAUCACUUCCUUCUCGCCUGACUACUGAACUUCACCAACUAACAGUCACCAGCACCAAAGAAUUAAGUCAACUAACCUGCCUUGAAUUUUAGACCAGCAAUCCAAAUGGCUUUAUCUGGUAUAAAUCUUCUGCCUUUGAUCACUUCUGGACCGUGUAGGAAAAAGGAAUAGCAGUCAUUAAAAUCCUGGGCCAGAGAACACUAUUUGUACCUAACAAGUUUCUUAACCUUACUCAAGGCCUUAAACUUUUCCCUGAGGGCUGCCUGAGAUUCCUUCCUGCUUUUUAUUCAGGGCCAUCUUGCAGAAGAUGUGUCCGCACUAACACCUUGACAGUAGAUCACCCACUGUCUCUUAACAAGGACACACCUGAUGUCCAGGGGCUGAAGGAUCAGCACAGUGUGGUAACGCAAUAGAAGAUUCAUCUUGUAUCACUUUAGGCAGAAAGUAUUUGGCAAAUUCUUAUGUAUUGUUUAUGUACUGUAUAAGUAACUUAUUAUUGAAUAAUGCAAAUUUUGCUAUAAUGUACAAAUGGCUAUAUGUGAAUUAAAAUAAGUUUUCAGAAUCUUGAUUUGUUGCCACCAAUGUAUGAAGGCUGUAUUAAGCCCAUGUUCUCUCCUUACCCUGCUUAACUACUUGUUUUUCCUCUGUCUUCAGACUGGGGGUAUUAAAUACUUAGGAGUCUGUAUGUAUUAGUAAACUGCUUCAUAUAUCUGUAUCUUA